AUGGUCAUGGACACAGCAGACCUUCGCUGGAUUGCAACAGGCAUGAUCCUGAUCGUGUCUUUUGCUGGCGUCGGCUGCCCGUUUCUCGCGAUGCGCACCAACGAGAAGUUGCUUCACUCAACUUUCUUUCAGCUGAUGCGAGUGCUCUGUACAGGCCUUGUCGUAUCAGUUGCCCUGCUUCAUGUUCUUGCUGACGGCCAGGACUACUUGCGCAACGUUUCCGAGUAUCCGGUUGCAGAUGCUGCAGCACUUGUGGGGAUUUUCUUGAUGGUUGCAAUCAAGGAGAUGGGUACCAUGGCGCUUCAUUACCUGAAGCCGCCCAACAAAAAUGGGGUGGAAGAAUGUCUGCUCAACAAGGAAGCUGAUCACGGCUUUGGCCAUACCCACGGCCUGCCAAGCAUUGAGCUCCACGACUUGGAUCUUGCAGGACAGCCGCUGCGGCGUUUCGUUGUCUACAUGAUGGAGGUCUCAAUCAUGGUGCACUCUGUACUUGUUGGCCUCGCACUGGGCGUCUUGAAAAAGCGCGUUGCCAUUCUCUGCUUGACCGCUGCGCUGCUGUUUCAUCAGUUUUUCGAGGGCCUUGCGCUCGGCGCUGUUGCUGUGAAAAACGGCUUCAGCUUUAGAUGCUCGUGGCACUUGUUCUUGACAUUCACGUUGGCGUGUCCAAUCGGAGCUGUCUUGGGAAUCUUCUUUGCCGACCAGUAUGAUCCGGAGGACUACCGAACUGCUUGGACCUUGGGCGUGCUGAAUGCACUUGCAGCUGGCACGUUGCUUCACAUAGGUCUUGUAGAGCUGCUUCCGGAAGAUUUCCGGGAGUGCAGUGGUUGCCGGAACACGCCUCCUCGUUGGGCAAACCUCUUGGCCCUGUUCGUGGGCGGCACCAUUAUGGCGGUCUUAGCUGUGUGGGCUUGA